AUGGAACAUAUCUUCAAACACUAUAUUGAUGUUGACGUCAAAAUGGAAUUUGCUGGAAUGGUUAAAAUAGAACCGUUAAACUCACAUGAUGAAGAAUCGAUAGAAGAAGUGGUAACCGAUUGUUCUAACUAUAUAUAUGAUAUACCGAUAGAGAAAAUAAAGAAGGAACCGCCUGAUAACCUAAAUAAUCAAUCAGAAACGGAUGGACCCAUGCAUCAACUUGUGGAUGUCGUGAUCGUGAAAAUGGAAAGUAAUGAUCAGGAUACUGGUACCUUCGAGCCUGAACAACCAACAUCCAACAAAUCUCAAGAACAGGAACACAAAGAGGCCAAACCAGAAGACUCCGAACCAAAUGAUAUCAAAAGUAAUGUUAAACGUAAAACCUUUGUCAAGAAACUAAAUGAAAAAAGCAAAGACAAUUUAAAAAUGGGAAUCGUGCCCCUGGCCUGGUGGUCAGGAUUGACCCUCGACAAACAUGCCCGUUAA